GCAUUCAAAAGCAAGUGCAGCCUCUGACCGUAUGCUGGGAUGUCACGGGGUGCACUUUCAUCAUGGACGGGUCGACCGAUCAGAGGGAAAGGUCUGUCAUGAACUUCUUUGUGGCGGGGGAGCAGGGAACGGUGGCAACGGUGUCAAUGGACGGAAAAAAGAAGACCGGGCCAGCGCUGGCCAGACUUUGGGAAAAGAUUAUGAGGGAGAUCGGGCUGCAACGCAUCAAUGCAAUUUGCACAGACAAUGUGGAGGUCAACAAGAAGGGCGCGCAAAUUUUGGAGUGGCGCACAGACUUGGCGGUUUCACGGAUACCUUGGGUUCCGUGCGCUGCACAUUGCUGCUCCUUGCUGCUUUGGGACAUCAGCAAGUUGGAUUGGAUAAAGGGCACGAUAAAGCGGAGCCACACCAUUGUAAAGUUCAUACGAAACCACCAUUGCACGCACAGUCUAAUGAUGUCGUUGGACGACUCAUUGUCGAUGACGCGGCCGACGGAGGUCCGUUUUGGGUCAGUGUACAUAAUGAUGGAGCGGUUGUACGAUCGGAGGGCGGUAUUGAAGCAGAUGGUCGAAGGGAGCAUGGUCGGGAGAUGGAAGGCGAUGCGGUGGUCGACGAUCAAACUGCAAUCCAAAGCAGAUCUUGUGUUUUUCACGUUGCAGAGGGAGAGUUGGUGGCCGGAGUUGAAGAAGGUGGUGGAGGCAAUGGAUCCAUUGUAUAACUUGCUUCGAAGGAUGGACAAGGACGGGAUUGGACCGUCAAACCUUGUGGAGUACGACAAGCUCAUGGAGAGGAUGCUGGGGGAGGUGCUGCUUACCACGGAGCAGCGAGACACGGUGCUCGAGAAGUCCAUUUUAAUCAAAGUAAUGGGCAUGUGGAGCACUGCAACUCCGGCGGAGCGGAAUUGGUAUUCGAUGGACUUGGUCCACUCGAAGCGGCGGAAUAGGUUGAACCCUUCAACCUUGGAGAAGUUGGUGUAUAUUCAUUGGAAUAUCCAACUUUUGCGGUCGGGGAAGAACGUGAAGGACAACGGUUACAUCGAUUUGUGGGAGCAGUUCUUCGAGUCUUUGCCGGAGAUGAAGGACAACGGUUACAUCGAUUUGUGGGCGCAGUUCUUCGAGUCUUUGCCGGAGUCGGUGGCGGACGACGGUUCUACUUUGAAUGAGCCCGUGGAGGAGCAGGACAAGACGGAGGAGGAGCUGGUGCGGGAACGGGCCUUCACGAAGACACCAAAGGGCCGGAUUCUGAAAUGCCUCGAACACGAGGACGAGGAGGAGGAGCGAACCGACGACUGCGACCUUGACAACGAGGUGUGGAAGGGAAGACUCUAUGGUCGGAGGCCCGCACAGCGCCGUCGAGAACGGCCGCCCACAACACCUUCUCAAUGUCCGGCGAACACCGCAACGCACUACAACAUCCAAUCGGAUGUUCACCUGCCGCAGACCGACACCGACAUGGAGAUGGUGCUUCGUGCACGUCCAAUCGAUACAGAUGAGGAGGACGCCGACCGUGCAAAGGCAUGGGCUGAUGCGGAUCGAGAACGGGUGCAAAGGAGAAUGAGGGAGGAGGAGGAGCGACGCGCAGCUAUAACGACCCGCAGAGAGUUGGAGAAAAUGAAGAAGAGGGUUGGAGAGCGAGAAUCGCAGCCAGUGGGGGUUGCGGGCCGGCUGGAAGAGGACAAAGAAGACGCGUUGGGCCAGCGAGAGGAGGAGGCAGAACAGGAGAUUGGCCAGCCAGCACAGGAAGAAGAAAACAUGGACACGCAAGAGGAGGAAGAAGAUGAUGGCAUGGACCAGCGAGAGGAGGAGAUGAACGAGGGUGACGGGGAGGGCGUGGAACAGCAAGAAGAGGACCUGGAGGAGAGUGGGAAGGAGCAGCAACAGGAAUGAUGGAGAACAGCGAGGAGGAGGUGGAGAAGAAUGCACCGACGACCGUGUACAAGCGUUAGAAGCGAACUGCGAAGGCAGC